GAACCGUGAGUGCGGUUCGUACGCCGCAAUUGAACUCCCCCUCACCGCGGCUGCUGGGGACGGCCCUGCCAAACGGGACCGCCGCGACUGACCUUUGCCGGGAGCCCAUUCUGGCAAGUGGCGUCUGCCGCGGGUCCCUGGCGUCCCCUCCGGCGCGCUCUUGGAGCCACUUCCCGGAGCGGAAGUCUGCCUGAUCGGGCUCCGGUGGGACCUGCUCGGAGGAAUGGCGCCGCCGGGUUCAAGUGCUGCCUUCCUGUUGGUCCUGACAGUCACAGCCAGCAUCCAGGCUCUGACCCCCACCCACUACCUCACUAAGCAUGAUGUGGAAAGACUGAAAGCCUCACUGGAUCGCCCUUUCACAAAUUUGGAGUCUGCCUUCUACUCCAUCAUGGGACUCAACAGCCUUGGGGUGCAGGUACCAGAUGUCAAGAAAGCGUGUACCUUUAUCAAGGCCAACCUUGAUCCCAGCAACGUGGAUUCUCUCUUCUAUGCUGCCCAGUCCAGCCAGGUCCUAUCAGGCUGUGAGAUAUCUGUUUCAAAUGAGACCAAAGAGCUCCUUCUGGCAGCAGUCAGUGAAGACUCCCCCGUUGCCCAGAUCUACCAUGCGGUUGGAGCACUCAGUGGUUUUGGGAUUCCCUUGGCAUCCCAUGAAGCCCUUGGUGCCCUUACCGCUCGCCUCAGCAAGGAGGAGACAGUGCUGGCAACAGUCCAGGCUCUGCAGACAGCAUCCCACCUAUCCCAGCAGGCUGACCUGAGGAACAUUGUAGAGGAGAUUGAGGACCUUGUUGCUCGUCUGGACGAACUAGGAGGUAUGUAUCUGCAGUUUGAGGAAGGACUGGAACUCACAGCGUUGUUUGUUGCUGCCACCUACAAGCUCAUGGACCAUGUGGGGACUGAACCAUCCAUGAAGGAGGAUCAAGUCAUCCAGCUCAUGAACACAAUCUUCAGCAAGAAGAACUUUGAGUCCCUCUCAGAAGCCUUCAGUGUGGCCUCUGCUGCUGCUGCAUUGUCCCAGAAUCGCUACCAUGUACCAGUGGUGGUUGUGCCUGAGGGCUCUGCUUCUGACACUCAAGAACAGGCUAUCCUGCGGUUGCAAGUCAGCAAUGUUUUGUCUCAGCCUCUGGCUCAAGCUGCAGUUAAGCUGGAGCAUGCUAAGUCUGUGGCUUCCAGAGCUACUGUCCUGCAGAAGAUGCCCUUCUCACUUGUGGGGGAUGUUUUUGAGCUAAACUUCAAGAAUGUCAAACUUUCCAGUGGCUACUAUGACUUCUCUGUCAGAGUUGAAGGUGACAGCCGUUACAUUGCAAACACUGUAGAGCUUAGAGUCAAGAUCUCCACUGAAGUUGGCAUCACAAAUGUUGAUCUUUCCACCGUGGAUAAGGAUCAGAGCAUCGCACCCAAAACUACCCGGGUGACCUACCCAGCCAAAGCCAAGGGUACGUUCAUCGCAGACAGCCAUCAGAACUUUGCCCUGUUUUUCCAGCUAGUAGAUGUGAACACCGGUGCGGAGCUCACCCCUCACCAGACAUUUGUUCGGCUUCAUAACCAGAAGACUGGCCAGGAAGUGGUGUUUGUUGCUGAGCCGGAUAACAAGAAUGUGUAUAAGUUUGAACUGGAUACCUCCGAAAGAAAGAUUGAGUUUGACUCUGCCUCUGGCACAUACACUCUCUACUUAAUCAUCGGGGAUGCUACUUUGAAGAACCCAAUCCUCUGGAACGUGGCUGAUGUGGUUAUCAAGUUCCCCGAAGAAGAAGCUCCCUCCACUGUGCUAUCCCAGAACCUUUUUACCCCAAAACAGGAAAUUCAGCACCAGUUCCGCGAGCCUGAGAAGAGGCCCCCCACGGUGGUGUCCAGCACGUUCACGGCCCUCACCCUUGCGCCCUUGCUCCUGCUCUUUGCACUGUGGAUCCGGAUUGGAGCCAAUAUCUCCAACUUCACCUUUGCUCCUAGCACAGUUGUCUUUCACCUGGGACAUGCUGCAAUGCUGGGGCUCAUGUAUGUCUACUGGACUCAGCUCAACAUGUUCCAGACCCUGAAGUACCUGGCUGUCCUGGGCACUGUGACAUUUCUGGCUGGCAACCGAAUGCUGGCCCAGCAGGCAGUUAAGAGAACAGCUCAUUAGUUCCAGAAGAAGUUUGAAGACUCAAGGCUGAGAUGAACAUUUAACAAGGUGUGGCGGCAGUUUGUAGUGUGAAAGGAAGGACUGAGGACCGAACAGGAAAGGAGGAAGUACCUAUUAUUUAGAAAGAGAAAAGUUGGGCUGUGCUUACCUGUUUACUUGUUUCUCACAUUUACUUCACGGAGCAGAUAUGUCUGGGCCCAGAUUGUCUGUCCCUUUGUCAUGAGGCCUAGCAAGAUGCUGUGAAUAUCCCAGGUUGCCCAGAUGUUAUAUUUGAAGUUGAAAUCUGUAAUUCAUCAGCUUUGGAAUAAAGAGAAUGGUGGACUCCCAGUGGUGGUGGAGCCUUGCGUGUGAAAUGUGAGGACUCAGCAGUCUUCAGUUGGGCCAUCUCACCCCUUUCUUAACAGUACUCAAAGUGCCCUAGAAAACAAAAGACCUGUGUCCUUUCGGCUCCAGGAGCAAGCAUUUUGUGGGAGCCAUGCUUGUCCUUGAAGAUUCUUCUGUGUUCUGUUCAAAAGGCCUGCUCUAGGCUUUUGCCUUGAACAUUUGGGCUUGGUGUGUAGAGAAGGGUUGAAAUUGUGUCAAUAAAUAAAGCUGACUGCUUCGGUCCA